CUUCAUCCAGCUAGCCCAGCCGUAGUUUGACUGGAGACCAAGCUCGGCAGUCAGAGGCCAUGGACAUGGACCAGCUCUCUUACGGCAGCUUCGGCUUGAUCGCCUUAGCCACGAUUCUCUUCUCGCUGGUUCUGAGGCAGGCUCUGGGUGGUAAGGACACCGGAGCCAAGCUUCCCCCAGGUCCAUGGAACCUUCCCGUCAUCGGCAGCCUCCACCACCUCGGCGAGGUGCCCACCGUGAUCGCGUCCACCCCUGAGGCUGCCAUGGAGGUGCUGAAGACAAACGAUCUGGCCAUGGCGACCCGUCCGAGCGGCCCCACGCUGGACAUCGUCAGCUCCGGUGGCAAAGGCCUCCUCUUCGCGCCCUACGGCGAGCACUGGCGGCAGAUGCGCAAGGUUUGCAUCGUCGAGCUUCUCAGCACGAGGCAGGUGUGGCGUAUCGAGUCCAUCAAGCAGGACGAGGUGACGUACCUCAUCGAGUCCGUCGCUGCCGCCGCGUCUUCGGUCUUCAACCUCGGCGAGGCACUGGCCAAGCUGACGAGCAAUGUCAUCGCGAGGGCGGCGUUCGGUGGCAAGUGCCCGCAGCAGGAGGAGUACCUCCGGGAGCUCGACAGGAUGACUAUGCUUCUGGGAGGGUUCAGCCUGGUGGACCUGUUCCCAUCGUCUCGGCUGGUGCGGUGGCUGAGCGGCAACGAACGCGACAUGAGGAGGAGCCACGCCCGGUGUCAGCGAAUCCUAGGAGACAUCAUCGAGGAGCGCAAGCAGAAGAAACCAAGCACCGCUGCCAUAAGAGACGACGAAGACCUGCUCGAUGUGCUCCUCAGGCUGCAGAAGGAAGACACUCUCCGCUUACCCCUGACGUCGGAGAUCAUCGGCGCCCUCAUCUUCGACAUAUUUGGAGCUGGUACCGACACCACGGCUGCUACAUUAGAAUGGGCCAUGGCGGAGCUCAUCCACAACCCGCAAACGAUGGCAAGGGCAAAACUCGAAGUCCAAGAGAGGCUGGGAAAGGGCAGAUCCACGGUCACGAAUGCAGACCUCCGCGACCUCCGCUACCUCAGGAUGGUUAUCAAGGAGACGCUAAGGCUGCACCCCGCCGCGGCGCUGAUCCACCGGGCGAGCCUGCAAAAUUGCGAGGUCAUGGGCUACGCCAUACCAAAGGGCACCCAUGUCACCAUAAACGCCUUUGCGGUAGGGAGGGACCCGGCACACUGGGGGGAGGACGCGGAGGAGUUCAGGCCGGAGAGGUUCGAGGAGACAGGCGCCACCAGCGUGGAGUACAAGCAGGGGGCACAGAUGGAGUUCAUCCCGUUUGGAGCAGGCCGUAGGCAGUGCCCCGGAGCCCUGUUCGCCACCAACACCAUCGAGCUCGUGCUGGCUAACCUCUUGUACCACUUUGACUGGGCGAUUCCGGCCGGGGCAGGCCCGGAGACACUGGACAUGAGCGAGGUGUUUGGGAUCAUCUUGCACGCCAAGUCCAGCCUCUGCCUAGAGGCGGUCAGAAGCUCACCAUCUACAGAAGUGUCUGUGUCUUAGAAAUGGCAGCUAACAUCCCAAAAGCUCUACUGGUGCGCAAGCCAGCCGUAAUAACACAUAAAUGUUCAUCAUUUUCAUAUAUCUGAACUAUGUACUCCAAUUCAUUUUAAGAUGAGUUGCCCCAAUACUAUGUUCCUUUGCUAUUUGUUUAAUAAUUAGUCCAUCAAUCUUUGAAAUCAUUUGUAGCCCCCAAGCU